AAGUUUUUUAAAUGUGGACAGAGAAUCAGCAAUAAUUUCAUUCAGAACGAAUGAAGUGCUUUGACUUUUCAGGGACUACGACAUUUCAUCUUUAACUGUCGUCCAAAGUAAAAAAUAAAAAUAAAACUACAUAAGAAGGUUUUCUGUAACAAUGACAAUCACUCGACAUUUGUAAAGGUUGCCGUUUAUCGCGCGUGCUGACAAACUCCUAACCACCCUUUUUGAACCAAUCAUUUUUUCUCGUGUUUUCCGUCGCCACGCCUCCAUUUACCACGCGAUCGCCUCCGAAUCGAGUGACAGAACCUGCUGGGGCUCUUGAUCAUUGCAUCGAUCUGCCUAUAACUAUCGUCCAAUAAUGAGACAGCGGCUGUUAGCAUAGCGAAUCAAAACUCGCCACUGCCGUAUGCUGUGACCAAUCACUUCUCACCUCUUACUGUUACAGUAACCCAAAAAAGACCCCAUUGGAUCUAAGUACAAGUGUUGUGAUGUAAUUGGGCACUAAUGUUAAUCAAUAUGAAGCGCGUCAAAAUAACAGAACACCCGAAUCUGACCAAACUCCAAAGACGUUAAAUUCGCUGGCACGAUUUCCUUAUUUAAAAUUCAUGACUGUGGGAGUGGCUGAAUCUCAGCUUCUGCCUUUAAUUUGUCAGCUUGGGUCGGAGCACUGAGCAGUAGAUUUUGUGUUAUUGCUCGCUCAACAGCAGCUGUCGUUUUAAACGGGCAGUAAUACGGUAUAUGAGCGCAAUGUCUUCUUUGUGGAAACCCCUGUCUGUGUCUGAGGGACCGUGCAGCAGCUGGACCGGGAGGCGCGGUUGCUCCGAACUGUCGCAUCCUCUCGCGCCGACGACCACGUCUGCAGGCGCGCGCUCGCCUGCGACAUUAGCAGGGACGGUGGCGGGCUGCUGUUCCUCAGGUCCGUCACAGAGGACGUUUUCAGCCGCGGCUGCCGGCGGGAGAAAGAUCACACACCCUGGGAAAGCGAUUUUGGCAGGUGGAAUUGCAGGAGGUAUCGAGAUCUGCAUCACUUUCCCAACGGAGUAUGUAAAGACGCAGCUUCAGCUCGAUGAGAGGGCCAACCCACCCAGAUACAGGGGCAUAGGAGACUGUGUGAGGUUGACCGUUCAGGACCAUGGCUUGCGAGGUCUCUAUCGUGGCCUCAGCUCCCUCCUUUAUGGCUCCAUCCCAAAGUCAGCAGUCCGAUUUGGCACCUUCGAGAUGCUUAGUAACACAAUGCGGGACCCCAGCGGCCGCCUGGACAACACGCGCAGCUUGCUAUGUGGACUAGGAGCAGGAGUGGCUGAAGCUGUCCUCGUGGUCUGCCCCAUGGAGACACUCAAGGUGAAGCUUAUUCAUGACCAGUGUUCACUACAGCCACGCUACAGAGGGUUCUUCCAUGGGGUGAGAGAAAUAAUCAGAGAUCACGGGGUUCGUGGAACAUACCAGGGUCUGACUGCAACAGUACUGAAACAGGGCUCCAACCAGGCCAUCCGCUUCUAUGUCAUGACCUCCCUACGUAAUUGGUACAAAGGUGAUGACCCAAGGAGGGAGAUGCACCCUGUGGUGACUGCUGCUUUUGGGGCAACUGCAGGAGCAGCCAGCGUUUUUGGAAACACACCCCUUGAUGUGGUCAAGACCAGGAUGCAGGGUUUGGAAGCUCAUAAGUACAGGAACACCAUGGACUGCGCAUUCCAGAUACUGCGCAAUGAGGGCCCACAAGCCUUCUACAAAGGAACGGUGCCACGACUGGGACGGGUGUGCCUAGAUGUGGCCAUAGUCUUUGUCAUCUAUGAGGAGGUUGUCAAGAUGCUCAACAACGUGUGGAAAACAGACUGAGGGAUGAGGUCCACAGUUUGAGGAAGGAAAAUGAGGUAGAAAGGGAAAAAAGGGUAGAUGGAAAUGCUUCUAAUGCACAAAACUAGUGAACUUUUUUUUUAAACUACCUAACACUGGGAUGUUACAGCAUUAUGUGUUCACUUUAUCCAUUCCACACACCAAGUGUCCUCAAAUUCGCUGCGCAUUUACUCAGACAGGGAGAACUGGACAGCCAGUGGCUUGGUGGAUACACCACACCAGGUUGAACGCUCUGUAGGCAGGGGCAGAUGUCUGCCAAGUUUGCACCUUUGUCUUGCCUUAAUCAUCCGAGUCAUGUACACUGAAGGCCAUGACCUGCAUGAUCUGCAUUCUUAGCUUGAAUAUUGGAAUGGGUUUUAAUCAAGCUACACAUUUUCUUUUACACAGUGAGCUUUGCAUUUUUUUCUUUUUCUUUUUUACAAUCUCUUCACUCCUGACCCUUGAUGGCCGCAAUGUAGUCUGGUUUUUGUUUCACCUGAGCACUUAAGUGCAACAAUUAUUUACUUAACUAAAGUACCGGUCUCAUUAGGCACUGAGGAUAGUUCACUAGAGGCCCUGUACACACUUCAACACUCCAGGACCAGGACUGAAGACAUCCUCGCAGAGUCCAGGCUAUCAUCACAAAAAAUUGCUAUUGCUGAAGCUAACGUGGUGUCAUUCGGCAGCACUCAACAAGCUCUCUGUGUGU